UCAACAGAAGAAGAAGAAAAUGUCUAGUAGACAGACUCAUUCAACACAACAGCGGCUGUGGGAGAGCCGUGGUUUGUUUUUUGGGUGGGUUUUUGUUUUCGAACCGGAGCCGGAGCGAAAAAAACACAGGAAGAUGGAAAGUUUGUGACUUCCGGGCAGAAGUGAAACGGACUGGAGCAGAAACAUCAGUUCAAACAGGAACACGAAAUGGAGGCUGUUUCCAACCGCGAAGAUCGGCUGCAAAGACUCGAUUUUCAGCAGAUGCUGCUGGUUAAGGAAGAGCUUCCUGAAGGACGGAGUCCUGGUGGGGACUUCCCGGAUCCGGAGUCGCUCCAGAUAAAGGAGGAGCAGGAGGAUCCCUGGCCCAGUAUGAAGGAGGAGACUGAGGCCACCUGGUUUCCAGUAACCACAGUCAUCAUGAAGACCGAGGAAGACGAGGAAGCGAAACCUGUUUCCUCACAGCAAACGGGGAACGCAGAUCUUCCAGUCAGCCGUUCAGUUGACCUGGGGAAGUUAGAGACUGAGGAAGAGGACUGUAGGAACCUGGACUGUACUGCAGACAGAAGCUCUUCAGAUACGGAUGUCAGUGAGGAAAAUGAUGGAAAUUUGAACAGUCCUGAUUCUCAGCUGGGAGACUUUUCUUUAAGGUGUUUGGUUAACAAAAAAUAUACAAUGAAGAAGAAUUUGAAAUCAACAAGUGAAUCCCAAAUGGAUCUGAAAUGUUUUAGCUGUAAUGAAUGUGGCAAGAGCUUUCUAAGGGAAAAUCUUCUAAAAAUACAUGAGAGAAUCCAUACAGGGGAGAAACCAUUUAGUUGUGAACUUUGUGGACAAAGAUUUAUACAAAAAUCCAACUUGAACAGACACAUGAGAUUCCACACAGGGGAGAAACCGUUUGGGUGUCAUCUCUGUGGACAGACCUUUAGUUGGAAGUCUAGUUUAGAUUGUCACAUGAGAAUCCAUACAGGAGAGAAACCAUUCAGCUGUGACUUCUGUGGACAAAGAUUUGGUGAGAAAUCGGUUUUAAACACUCACAUGAGGAUCCACACUGGAGACAAACCAUUCAGCUGUGAUGUUUGUGAACAAAGAUUUAACCAAAGAUCACAUCUAAAAAGGCACAUGAGAGUCCACACCGGAGAGAAACCAUUUUGCUGUGAGGUCUGUGGACAACGAUUUGGUGAUAAAUCAGUGCUAAACGUUCACAUGGGAAACCAUACAGGAGACAAACCAUUUGGUUGUCAUGUUUGUGGACAGCGAUUUAGUCGUAAGUGUAUUUUGGACAGUCACAUGCGAAUCCACACAGGAGACAAACCUUUUAACUGUGAUCUUUGUGGGAAAAGAUUUAGCCACAAGUCAGCUGUGAACAUCCACAGGAGAAUCCAUACAGGUGAAAACCCAUUUUGUUGUCAAACAUGUGGAAAAAGAUUCAGUCGAAAGUCAAUUUUAGAGAGUCACAUGAGAAUCCACACUGGAGAACAACCUUUCAGAUGUGAUGUUUGUGGACAAAGAUGCAACGAAAGAGCACAUUUAAGAAAACACAUGAGAAUCCACACAGGAGAAAAACCAUUUGGUUGUGACGUCUGUGGAAAAAGCUUUCGAGACAAAUGGCAUUUCAAGAGUCACAUGAGGGUCCACACGGGAGAGAAACCAUUUAAUUGUGAUAUUUGUGGAAAGAGAUUUGGUGAUAAAUCGGAUUCCAAUAAUCACAUGAAAAUCCACACAGGAGAAAAACCAUUUGGUUGUGAGCUUUGUGGACAAAGAUUUAGACGAAAACCCUGUUUGAACAUUCACAUGAGAAUUCACACAGGAGACAAACCUUUUGGUUGUGAUUUUUGUGGGAAAACAUUUCGACAAAAAUCCUAUUUGAAAAUCCACAUGAGAAUUCACACAGGAGACAAACCAUUUAGUUGUGAUGUUUGUGGGAAAAAAUUUAACAGCAAGUCAAAUUUAAAAAGCCACAUGAAAAUUCACACAGGAACGGAAACUGUUCACAUGUGAAUAUUAAGACAUCUUAAUGUGGAACACUUGAACGACUGAAAAGUUGUUUCUAAAACCCAUUUUCCUACUAAGAAUUUAAGUGUGUUGUGCCAAUGUCUGUUUGCAUAUUCAUACUUUGUUCCUUGAACAUUUCAUUAGAUACAUAAAACCUGGUGUUGCAGCUGCAGGUUUGACAGCCUGUGAGCUCAGGGGCUUUGCAGCUGCUGCACACAUGCUGGUUAUUUUUAAAACAAGGUAACUGAGUUUUUACAUCUGACCAUAUUUAUGAAUAUUUCCAAGAUUUCAUGAAAAACAAAUUGCAAGUUGACAUUCUGGACUUUGUGAUCCAUUCUAACUGCAAAAAAACUCGUUUUUGUGAUUCAGAUGUUUGCCACAUAUUUGCAAGUUUAGGAGUUUAAGGCACGGUUACAUCACGAGACAAACUAGCACUUCUUGUGAUUGUUGGCUUUGGGUUUCUGGUCCGAGCCGGUCAGAGCUGGACACUUUGAACAGAACAAACAGAGACGAGGGGAACCGGUUCUUUCAGUGCUCGUUUAUUGGAACAUGGCAUGGAUGGAAGAAAGCAGAACCGCCGACACGUCAGGCUGACCCAGACACACGGGAACCGGACUCACAGAACCUCUGGUCAUUAUGGAGUUUUCAUGUUCGAGUGCAAUAAUAUUCAUAACUGUCCUCAGCUGCUGCUGAGCGCGUGGUGCUGUUCAGACUCAGGCAACACCUUCACCUGCAGAGACCCACUUCCUGUCUGCGUCUCCCUGCAGAGAUCCACUUCCUGUCUGCGUCUCCCUGCAGAGAUCCACUUCCUGUCUGCGUCUCCCUGCAGAGAUCCACUUCCUGUCUGCGCCUCCCUGCAGAGACCCACUUCCUGUCUGCCUCAGACCUACAGGAAGUUUGUCUAACCAGUGAAAUAUCCUCAGAGGUUUUAGGAUCAGCUCAUAUCCAAACUGGGGUUCACGGGCCAACUGCAGGUCAGAAAACGUCAAAUGUUGGGUCUGGUGAUUUUUGCCACAUAAAUAUAAGGAUUCAUAACAUGAAGGAUGUUUUUGUUCGUCUUAUUUUUACUUUUUUUUUCAAUAUUUGAUCCUAAUGUUUGCAUUUAAUUUACAUUAAGAGGUCUAUUAAUAGUUGUCAAUAGUUUCUGCAUAAAAAAAAUUGAAAACUACUUUUGACACAAAGAUGAUUUGAGUCAAAUAUUCGAUCAUUUUGUUAUUACGAAUGAUUCAAAGCAUCUGUUUUGGUUAAAGUAAUGCAAACAUCUAAACUGGAUGAACCGACAGAUCGGUGACCUGCUGAUGUUCACAUGAAGCCGAUCCGAUCCGAUCCACUUCAGCAAAGGUCUGAAACCAGCCGCUGCUCUGCAGGGAGGCUCCGCCCACCAGGUCAGUCCGACUGCUGCCAACUCAGCAAGUUAACAUUUCAAACAAAAACUUUGGUAUCGGCCAAAAUCGGUGCACCGUUAAUCUAACCUCUGAUUUCUGGUUAAAAUAAUAAAGUUGUGCGACCCGGCGGGUCCCGCAGACAGGAUGGGUGUGUCGUCUUCAGGUGGACGUGUUGUGAGUCUGAACCAGGAGCGCCGGUCCAGUCCGGGUCGGACCAGACCGGGUCAUACUGGGUCAGACCGGGUCGGACCAGACCGGGUCAGACCGGGUCGGACCAGACCGGGUCAUACCGGGUCGGACCAGACCGGGUCAGACUGGGUCGGACCAGACCGGGCCGGACCGGGUCAUACUGAGUCAGACCGGGUCGGACCAGACCGGGCUGGACCGGGUCGGACCGGACCGGGUCAUACUGGGUCGGACCAGUCCGGGCCGGACCGGGUUAUACUGGGUCAGACCGGGUCGGACCAGUCCGGGCCGGACCGGGUUAUACUGGGUCGGACCGGGUUGGACCAGUCCGGGCCGGACCGGGUUAUACUGGGUCGGACCGGGUCGGACGGCGUCCACCUUGAACUGGACCUCAGAACUGUUUUUGCAUAGACAUCAAUUCAAGUCAGACUCAUGCAGACGGAGGAGGAACGACAUAAACGAUGAAGAGGAAGAAGAAAGAAGUGAUGUGACUUUAUAAAAAUAAGUGAGCCUGUUCUUCA